AUGACAACUAAACCAGAUGAAUUCCGCCUCCCAAUUGACGUGCGACCAACUCAUUAUGACCUUACAGUCCAAACAGACCUAGAAACAUUUACCUUCAAUGGUUUAGCCAAGAUAGAACUGGAUGUCAAGAAGGAAACAUCAUCUAUUGUUUUCAAUACAGCCGAAUUAGACUUGAAGGAUGCAUCGAUCUAUUCGGAUGUUUUGAAAACUGAACAAGUCGAAACUGCUCGAUCUUUUGAUACAGCAGCUGAACGAGUCACUCUCCAAUUUUCUACGCCCCUCCCUGCUGGUUCGAAGGCAAGGCUCUCCAUUGGGUUCGCAGGCAAAUUGACCACAAGCAUGAUGGGUUAUUACAAGUCCUCCUACGAGCACGAAGGCAAAACUAAGAAUUACGCGUUGACACAGUUUGAGCCCACUGCUGCUAGACGAGCUUUUCCAUGCUGGGAUGAACCUUUACUCAAAGCUACUUUUGCAAUCACGAUGAUUUCUAGAGAUGAUACUAUUAACCUUAGUAACAUGCCUGUGGUUUCGGAAAAGAUAUGGUCGCCCUCGAACACGUCAGAGGACAACGAUACUUCAUUAGUUCGGUUAUUUUCUUCUUUGACCACGGAAACUUCUUCGUCCGAAGACAAAUGGAAGAUAUCGCAGUUUAUGACCACCCCGCUUAUGUCCACAUAUGUGGUAGCUUUUGCCAAUGGAGACUUUUCAUACCUGGAGAGUUCAUACACGACUCAGUUCGCCCUUGAUAUCAAAGCGAAGGUGCUUCCUCUGUACGAGAAAGUAUUCGACAUCGAGUAUCCUCUGCCUAAAUUGGAUACGUUGGUGGCUCAUGAUUUUGAUGCUGGCGCUAUGGAGAAUUGGGGCUUAAUUACAGGACGCACAAGUGCAUUCUUAUUAGAUCCUGCUAGAGCAGACAUGGCCGCCAAGAAGCGCGUCACUGUUUUUGAAUCUCACGAGAUCGCACAUAUGUGGUUCGGCAAUAUUACUACCAUGGAGUGGUGGGACUAUCUGUAUCUCAACGAAGGUUUGAUUUUCCCGGAGUGGAAAGUGGACUCUGAGUUUAUCACUCUUCACUUGAACGACGCCCUCAAUCUCGACGCGAAAGUCUCUUCGCAUCCAGUUGAAGUGGACUGCCCGGACGCUAAUCAAAUCAAUCAAAUAUUUGAUUCAUUGUCGUACGCUAAAGCCGCUUCAGUGCUACGAAUGUUGUCCAACUAUGUCGGAGAGGAGCGUUUUUUGAAAGGUGUCUCGUUGUACCUCAAGAAAAGGUUAUAUGGUAACAGUGUGACUCGAGACCUAUGGGAAGGAAUAGCAGAAGCGACUGGCAUUGAUGUCACAAAGAUGAUGGAUAACUGGAUCACGAAGAUCGGUUUUCCGGUCCUUACUGUCACUGAAACUAAAGAUGGGAUACGCGUUCGUCAAGACCGCUUCCUAGAAACGGGCCCCGCAGAACCAAAGGAUAAUGAGACGAUUUGGUCUAUUCCUUUGAGCCUUUUGACGGUAACAGAGCAGGGGAAGCCCAUCGUUGAUCACGGGAUCGUGUUAGAUACCAGGGAGAAAACUAUCGCAAUUGACACAACCAAACCGUUCAAGUUAAAUGCAGGGACAUCUGGUGUGUACAGAGUUCUGUACUCUGAUGAACGGGUGGCGAGUAUCGCUGAAGCAGCAGCGAAGAGCGAUGCGGUAUUUUCUCUGAAUGAUCGAAUCGGCCUAGUGCAUGAUGUGAUGGUGCUAUCCAAAGCCGGGUUUUCGCGAGUGAGCAGCGCAUUGACGGUUGUCGAUACGUUGCGACAUGAGAAAGAAUUCCUUGUAUGGGACAGUAUCGCGGGUAAUGUUGCGACGCUGUUGUCAGCUUGGUGGGAGCAGCCAAGGAUAGUGGAGCUUCUGAACAAGUUCCGUCAGUCAUUGUACGGCCCUAUAGCGCAACGACUUGGCUACGAUUACGCGGUGGAUGAGACAGCUGAUACCACACAGUUGCGUACACGCGCGAUAGAGCAGGCCGCUCGCGCUGGAGACGCUCGAGUUAUUGGCGAGCUCAAGUCCCGAUUUGCGGAGUACAUGAAGACGGGCGAUGAUUCGAAGAUACCCGCUGACCUCUUUAGGAUCACAUUGAUCGUCUCUGUGAAGCACGGUGGACGGGAAGAAUACGAGUUCGUCAAGCAGCUUUAUGAGAAAUCUACUACGCCGCCAUCUGCAAGUACUUCUGCCAUGUAUGCUAUGGGCUCUAGUGAAAAUGAAGAGUGUCUUCGUGAUAUAUUUGAUUAUAUCCUAACGAAUGCACGGGACCAGGAUCUGGUGUACUUCUUCGCAGGAUUGCGCGGAAAUAAUAAGACGAGAAGACGGCUUGCAAAAUUUUUCAAGGAUAAUUAUGAUACGUUAUAUGCGCGCUUCGAAGGAAACUUCUCGCUCAAGUAUAUUGUAGAGGAAGCGUUUGGUGGUUUGAGCACAGAAGAAGACUACGAGGAGACUGUCAAAUUUUUCAAGGACAAGGACACAAGCAAAUACAAUCUUGCGUUGGAGCAGACGCUCGAUUCGGUGCGAGCGACGUCGGCCUGGCUAAAGUGGUGUCAGCGAUCGACUACGGACAUACUCGAAUGGCUUGAGAUGUGGGACAAGAGGGAGUAG